CAGAAUGAAUAUGGUCUGGGGCCGGCUUCCACGCCGAUUCGAAUCCCGAUUCGAGCCUGUCUUCCCGUGCUUCCGGACAUUCGACCGGAAGUUGAGUUUGAAGAUGCUGCUUCAGUCAUGAUCCGAUGGCCCGCAGCCACUCCAUCAGUAACCGAGGCGCAAAUGUUGGGCGAUCAGGUGAUCACACCAACCGCCAUGCUCGGAACAGUCUCUUACGCCGUGGAGGUACGUGAAGGAGCACGUGCGGAAUGGCGAAGAGUUGCCAAGGACAUUCAUGGGCAAACAUAUGUUCAUCAUCUUCGACCUGGUGUUAGUUCAGCAAUUCGUGUGGUGGCUGUGAACAAAUUUGGUGAAUCUAGUCCAUCACCGAUCUCGAUCACUCAUCUUGAUCCAAGCAGCCUGGCUCCAAAUAUUGAUUUCACUCCUCCGUGGGUGGCUUUAAUCCGUCCAACUACGGAUCCCGUGUCGGGUCGAUUCAAUGCCUCUCAGUUUGGUUUGAUGAUGUACUGGAAACCGGCCUACAUGCCUGAGUAUUGUUCUUCGUGUGUCAGUGGCCUAGAUCCAGUUUACCGCAUCGAAUGGCGUCGAGGCCGUGGAGGUAUUUGGCAACUGCUGGAAGAUGAUGUCACUGAUCCAGAUAAUGGUUUUCGUCUACCAAAUGAAAUUGUUACAAUGUUGAUGGACGAUUUGAAACGAACGGGAGAAUCGGCUAAUGCAGCGGUGUCAUUGAACAAUCAGGCAAUCGAACUUCGUGUAUUCUGUUGGAAUCAGUUCGGUGAGAGUGGACCAACAAAACCUUGCCGUUUGGUUGCAUCUCAACUGUUCCGUGGACAGAUUUACAAAAACACCGUACAAGCUCUUGAUAGGGAACCGGUUACGGAGAUCGGAGACACAGUGAAUGAUGGAGAUCAGCUACCCACAGUUUCUUUGCCCGAACUCUGUCCCCGAUUGCAUGCGUAUAUCGGUUCAAUCAGUCCGACAGAAGGUGUAUCCGUCAACUGGGAACGCUAUGUGGACACUGGUCUACUAAGUGGUACCGAAAUCAAUCCGGAUUCGCAUGCUCGA